AUGGUCACGGACAAAUCUCAGGGCGCCCAGGCGUUUCAAUCGCUGCCUCCCGCAACCACCCAACCUAGAUUUAUUGCCGCAUCACCGCCGUCGAAACGCGACUUGGCCUCGUGGUGGAGACAGUUUAAGAGAAAUACCAGGAAAGAGGAGCCCAAAGAAAAACCGCAGGGUAUCUUCGGCGUUCCCCUCAAUGUCAGCAUCAAAUACGCCAACGUCGCUAUCUCCCUGACGAACGACAAUGGCGAGAGUUUUAUCUACGGCUACGUGCCCAUUGUAGUAGCGAAAUGUGGGGUCUUCCUCAAGGAAAAAGCGACGGAUGUCGAAGGCAUUUUUCGACUCAACGGAUCCGCCAAGCGCAUCAAGGAUCUGCAGGAGAUCUUCGACUCCCCUGAGCGAUAUGGAAAAGGUCUGGAUUGGACGGGCUAUACCGUACACGACGCUGCGAACGUCCUCCGUCGGUAUCUAAAUCAACUCCCCGAGCCGAUCGUCCCCUUGGAAUUCUACGAGCGCUUCCGCGAGCCCCUACGCAUUUAUCAGAAACAAGUCCAGAAUGGUGGGCCUACAAAUGAAGGCGAGAAAUUCGACCAUGCGAAAGCGGUCGCCGCAUACCAGCAGCUGAUUAGAGAAUUGCCCCCAUUGAACAAGCAAUUACUCCUGUACAUUCUCGAUCUGUUGGCGGUCUUCGCUUCUAAGUCUGACCAGAAUCGGAUGACAUCAGCCAAUCUCUCUGCUAUCUUCCAGCCCGGACUGCUUUCCCACCCCCAGCACGACAUGUCGCCGGAAGAAUACAAGCUGAGCCAGGAUGUGUUGAUAUUUUUGAUCGAAAACCAGGACCACUUCCUGUUCGGCAUGAAUGGAACCGCUGCAGAUGAGGCGACGGUGAAGGAAGUGGAAGGGGGUAUGCUGCGCCCAACCUCCCAUUCCACAGUGCGGCGCUCCGUCUCGAGUGCUAGUGGCGGUGCAGAGAGUUUCCGAAAGUUUGGCAGUCUUCGCCGAAACGUCUCGGUGUCUUCGAAGAACUCUCGCAAUUCGAACAAUGCCAGUCCUGCAACCCCUACGUCCAUGGGCGGCGCGGGAGUCCACCGAAGCAACACACUACCAUCCAAAAUGUCACCGGCCAUUGCGCAGGCUAGAUACGGCCGAGUGACCGAGGCUACUGGGGGGAACACUCCAGGACGAACUUCAACACAGCGCUCGCGGUCACCUAGCCGGGCACCGCUUGGCGCCGAGCAGAACACCGAACCCGCGAAACCUCAACCCGCAACACAGGGAGGGGCAACUGCCACCACAGGUCUCGUGUAUGUUCAUACAUCUACUCACGGCCCGAUCCCAGUUUCCAAGGCCACGGCCACCCCCCCGCCCAUUAGAGAAAAGCCUUCGCAGGAUACUCUGACGGUGCCCUCUUCGCCUCCGCGGGCCGUUGUGACGCCGACAAAGGAGCGGAAAUUAUCCAGUCUCUUUAGCAAAUCGCCGCCUUCGGGCAGCGAGAAGGAGCCACGGCAGCCCAACCGACUCAAGAAGAAACGAAUCCCAGGAAGCGCUAGUGCCAGCGCACAGAGUUCAUCACAGUCCCUACAAGCUGCCACAUCUGACUCGGGAAUUGGCAUCCCACCACCCCGGGCGUCUGAACCCAACGAUGCUGGGGGAGACACCCCGAAACCUUUGAACGUCCCUAAUGCAGAGGAUAAUUCCCAGCAAGAGGGGAAACCGGAGAAACCAGCGAUUCCGAGCGAGCUGGACAACCAACCGAUACUACUCUGA